AUGAGAGUACACUGCUUGCACAGACAACCCCUCUCCACUGAUAAAAAUACGGGAACAGUAGAGCCACUUCCUUCCAUCUGUCCACCCAGAGCACCCUCUCCCUUCAAAUCUCUCCAGUCGGCUGCAACCAGUUGUAAUAGGUGAUUGCCGCUUGGGCAAGUUGAGUUUGAGGAAACUGCAAAAUGUUGUGUACAUUACUUCCACCCCCACAUCCCCCCUCCCACCCCUGGUCUCCAAUUUAGUUAGUGGAUGAAGAACUCUUGGAAAUUCUCAAUCAUGUCUUGGUGCACCAUUGAAUCCGAUCCUGGUGUGUUUACUGAACUUAUACAGCAGAUGCAAGUAAAAGGUGUCCAGAACUUCAGGCAUAUCACUAUAACCAAUGGUUGGAUAUCCCCUCUUCUUUCUCUACAGUCAAUCCAGGUUGAGGAAUUAUAUUCGUUGGACCUCGAAUCCUUAAACAAUCUCCGGCCAGUGUUUGGAUUGAUUUUUCUUUUUAAAUGGUGCCCUGGAGAGAAAGACCACCGUCUUGUAAUUAAGGAUCCUAACCCAAAUUUAUUUUUUGCCAGCCAGGUUAUUAACAAUGCAUGCGCUACACAAGCCAUCCUCUCCAUUCUUAUGAAUUGUCCAGACAUUGACAGCGGCCCUGAACUUUCCAUGUUGAAAGAAUUCACUAAGAACUUCCCGCCGGAGCUUAAGGGGUUGGCAAUUAACAAUAGUGAAGCCAUACGUACAGCUCACAAUAGCUUUGCAAGACCUGAGCCAUUUGUGCCUGAGGAACAGAAAGUUGCUGCAAAGGAGGAUGAUGAUGUAUACCACUUUAUAAGCUAUUUGCCUUUUGAAGGAGUCUUGUAUGAGUUAGAUGGAUUGAAGGAGGGUCCCGUUAGCCUCGGGCCAUGCCCUGGUGGGCAAGAUGAAUUGAAUUGGUUGCAAAUGGUGCAACCAGCGAUCCAGGAACGUAUGGACAGGUAUUCCAGAAGUGAGAUAAGGUUCAACCUCAUGGCAGUUAUAAAGAAUAGGAAGGAGAUAUACACUACUGAACUGAAGGAACUUCAGAGGAGAAGGGAACGCAUCGUGCAAGAGCUUUCUGCUGCACGGUCAGACAGAAUGGACAAUGCAAAUAUUGAAUCACUGAACAAAAUGCUAAAAGAAAUAAAUUCAGGUAUUGAGAGUGCUACUAUAAAAAUAUUGAUCGAGGAGGAGAAAUUCAAGAAAUGGAGAACAGAAAAUAUUCGUAGAAAACACAAUUACAUACCCUUUUUGUUCAACUUCCUCAAGAUCCUAGCUGAAAAGAAGCAAUUGAAACCUCUUAUUGAGAAAGCGAAGCAGAAGAUAAUACCCAAGUGAAAGCUCCUGUUUUAGUUCUACCAUGAGGGGCCUUGUUGCAGAAGUAGAGUCCAAUGCAAGAAAUCUACAUUAUUUGGGUUUUACUUUUGUCUAAGUAAGAAUUCUACUUCUUUUUUUUUUUAAUUUUUAUGUACAACCAUGCAGAAAACAUUUCCUUCUACAAUCCUAGGAUGUUUCAGACA